CCUGCAGUGUAUCCGGCAACCUUGAUUGGCAAAACUGAAAACAUUAGGGAUUUCUCUACCAAAGACUGACAUUGCGAUAUAAAUGAGGAGGUUUUGUUGUAUUUAGGACGGAUAAAGGCCUGGUUUUUUCUUAUUUGUUUUAUUGCUUUUAUUCUGAGCGGACAAUACACCCUGUGAGACUCUUAAGAUCAAGAAUUUAGGAGGCCAAAUUUAUUUCUAGUCACGUCCUCUGGGUGUGUCUUGCUACUUGCUUGCUGUCUGGGCCAACAAGGUCUUCUCUUCCAACACCAAGACAGUCUAAGAUCUACUCUAAAUCUAGAAUCCUAAGUGAAUCUAGAGUCUAGCUUGCCUUGAUCUAAUCUUAGUUUUACUAUUUUAUAAGAAGACUGUGUGUUUCCUUUUCUUGAGAUCGAGAUUUUUGUACGCAUAAAAGUUUCUUACAAGACCCGUGUAUCGGUCUUCAUUGCCGUCAUUGGUGAUCGCUGUGGCUGUGGACCUCGAAUUAGGUGCGGAACAGUUCAACAGGAACAGAAUUCAAGCGUUCGAACAAGGGAUUUGAACAAGAAGCGAGAACACCGACAGCGGCGACAGUGAGACACACACACAGUGUUAGUGUUAGAUCUACGCACACAGAACGGUUCUUAGAAGAUUUUUUUUGAAGUCCUGAUCUAUCAUGGAAAAAAUUGCUGAUAUUGAACUGACUAGCAUUGAUACAAUGGACCCCAAGCCAAGGUCGUUUGCUAACAAUGCAAAUGCUAUCCUUAUUCAGGAAGAUGACGUGGAGACACCCUAUGGCAACAUCCAUGUUGCUAUCCAAGGUGACCGCUCCAAGCAGCCUAUUCUGACUUUCCAUGACAUUGGUCUCAAUCACAUCACAUGCUUUCAAGGUUUUUUCAGCUAUGCUGACAUGCAGCCUAUCCUUCGCAACUUUUGUGUCUACCACGUGAAUGCACCAGGGCAAGACGAGGGUGCCUUGCAUCUCAAGCCUGAGCAUGAUGCACUGGGUAACCCCGAUUCUCUGGGGAGCAGGUUCGUUUUUCCCACCAUGGACCAGCUUGCGGAGGCAGUUCAUCAUGUCGUGGAACAUUAUGGGAUGAAGACCUUCAUUGGUUUUGGUGUCGGUUCUGGAGCUAACAUUUUGGCUCGCUAUGAGUUGAAUCAUCAUGAGCGAGUGGAUUCUCUAAUCCUAGUGAACCCAACCUGUAGCAAGAGUGGCUGGAUUGAGUGGGGAUACCAGAAGAUGAACUCCUGGUAUCUGUUCAGUGGUCAGUUGACCAAUUUCACAGAGGAAUACCUGCUCUGGCACUGGUUUGGCAAGAAAACCCGCUGGACCAACCAUGAUUUGAUCCACACAUACAAAGAGUACAUCAAGACAAUCAACCCUCAGAACCUGGCUCUCUUCAUAGAGACCUUCCUCAAGCGCUCAGAUCUUGGGAUUGUCCGUGAAUUGGAUCCAAUGAGAAAGGUGUCUGCGAGAACCAUCAGAUGUCGGUCACUGGUGCUGGUUGGGGACGAUUCUCCCCACAUGUCCGAUGUGGUGGACAUGAAUGGACGGAUGUUGCCAGAGCAAACAGAUUUCAUGAAGAUUGCUGACUGUGGAGGGAUGCCACUGGAAGAACAGCCGGGCAAGACCUGCGAGGCUUUCAGGCUCUUCUUGCAGGGAAUGGGAUAUGGGUUUCCCUCCCUGACCCAAAAGCACAGCGUUGCGGCAGAAUACAACCAGCUCAACUCACUGGAGAACAAGCUGACACCGCUGACCUGCUAGACUCAUGCCGACUGACCGCUGACCCUGCCCACUCCAGGCUGGAGACUGACUCUUGGCUUGUCAUCAGCUGACCGUCCGGAGUUCUUCCCACACAGGGAUUUACAAUACAUGUGUAGAGAGUGAGUCAUGCGACACACACACACUGUGUGUUCACUCGAGUUUAGAUGAUUUGUUAUUCUUUAGAUGAGUUCAGGUAUUUUAUCAUUCUUCAGUAGUUGUACACAAGAACUUUCAAUUUGAAGUCACCAAAUAGUUAUGGUUUACAUUGCUGUGGUAGGGAAGAAUGUUGUAGUACUGAGGGUAUAGGUGAAUAAAACAUGUUGGGAGUCAGCACUACGUUCCAAAAUGUUUGUAUUAAAGAAAUUGCCGUUUCUUUUAAAUGUCUCAUUUUGAGCUACCAAGAGGAUAAAAGUUUUCAGGAUUUUUUGCAUUGAUCAUCUUUGCUUUAAAGAUCUCAAUCAUUGUUUUUAAGAGUUGUUUUGCUGAAGCAUUGAAGGCUUUUCCUCGGGGGUGGGUUUUUUUUUGUUUUUGGAUUUAAAAGUUUGCAUGGAAAAUGAAGGAAUUCUUGAUUGCAUGAGUUUUCCAUUACUUUCCUGGAUCAGGUGGUCACAAUAGCUUUGAGAGUUGGGCAGGUACACUAAUCUUUUGUAUCAAGCUGGAUUUCUUUUGAGCAAAAUAAAACAUAUUUCAGUUUGACUGAGGUGUAACAUUUUUUUUUCUUGAACUGUGAUAAGCACAUCGCUGUCGUUUGAAUCAAACUGUAACUAGGAUGCACUGUGUUUCGUAUCUUUGUCUUUCGGCUACCAAAUGUGUGAAAUUGUUCUGCAAUUUUUUGUUACUACCUUUGUUAGUGCUUCUUGCUUCAAAUGAAAACAUUGACAUUUUAAUUUAGUAGAGUCCUGCUGCUCUACUAUCAGUUCACUUCCUGCCUGCUUUUGAAUCCGUGGAUGUUGACAACCAAUGACCUGAUGAUCUUUAUAUAAAUGCAGAGUACACCCGUUGUCUGGUUGAUCAUGGGAUAAAGGGAUUACAGCUUGCUGCUGUGCCUUUCAUGGGAUGAUUAAGGUUCCAGUAAGAGUACUUGUAUAAAAGAUAUGAGAAGGCUUUUAUUUUCAAAGAGGAUGUUUUGUCAAACACUUUUUCUAGAGCCUACUUUCUGGUAGGGAUAUGUACUGUAAAAAUGCUAUAUUUUAUUAUGUACAUUGUGCCAUUAGUGGCAGAUUAAACUGUUGCAGAAACCAGCUCUAUUCAUAUAACAGAUUCUGCUAUGUCCAUCUCCUCCAUCAUCUGUUAAAGAAUGACGUCUGCAGCUGUGCUUUUUCAUCUGAGGUGUUCAAGGACUUCCAUGAAAGAAAACAGUUGUGGGUUUAAUUACAGACUUUGUGGAAGCACAAAUAGCUGUUUUAGGAGUACCCACGUCUGUCUUUUGUCAGAAUGUGGGUUUGAUAAAUGUGACAAGUCGUGGUGAAAUCAGGCGCUCGUCAAAGUAAUGAAAUUGAAGAAACAGGCAUUUUCCGCCAGUUUGGCAAUAUUUAUCGAAUUUUGUUUCUAUGCUGAACACCUUUUAUGUCAAUGUAAAUACACAUUGUGAAUUUUAUUGAAAACUUCGUUUAAAGGCUCAAAAUACGUCAAUUUUUAGUUUUCAAAGACUUUCAACUAUUGAAGUAAUCAAACUUUGGUGGCCAUUUUCUCUCUAAUACUACCACCUCCUUUAUUCACUAAGAUCUCAACUUCUAUUCAAGAUAGAUGGGUAUGUUUUUUUUUCUUAGAAAGCAAGGCAUAUGAACAAGCUUUUGGUUGAUUCCAGUAACUCCACAUAUCCAAAAUUUGACGAGCGCCUGAUUCCACCCCAUCGUGACUCAAGUAAUUUUAAUAUAAAGUUUUUGAUAAUACAGUUAUUGAUAAGAUAAUCUGACAUGUUUGAUUGAGCUAAUUGAUAUACAAAAAUUGCCAGGUUUGUCCUCUAAUACUACUGUUCAAUUUUGAAAAUAUGUAGGACUUGGAUAUGGAAAUGCGAAUGUGGUCUGGAACCUAAUUUUUUUCCUUUGAAACAUCUUACAUUGAACAGUUUUUAUCUAUCAAGGAAAGCAAAAAUUGCUUAUUGAAGAAAAAAAAAUUAAUUAUUAAUUUAAAAAAUUGUCUUUUUUUUUGUAGUGAAUGACAGCACAGGUGUAUUUUUACCUUGACAAGCUCAAAGCCCCGCCCCAGCUUGCGCACCCUGUACCCAAUGACAACCUGUUCUUAACAUCGAGGGUGAUUCUAGUUUUUUUGGGGCUGUACAGUUCAAGUGCAAGACUCUCUGAAGGCUGGGGAGUCCAGGGAUCAAAGGGUUUAUUUGAUUUCUGUUGAACUGGUAAUUUCUCCCAACAAUGCAAUAUUCUUUACAGCAGAGGUUUCUGCAGUAUUGUAUUUCGUCCUUUAUUUCCCAUAUUUUCCCCUGGAGUAAAAUGAUUUUAGUAGCAGACUUUGACCCUUUGAUCACAGAGCAUAAUCUUUGUUGUGUCCAUAUUAACCUUUUCACAUUUCUGGAAAAUGUAAUUCUGGAUGCAUACCGUUAUUGACGUCUGUUAUCACUAGCAGGUAUUUUGUGAAACGGCGACCGUUUUUUUGUUUUUGCUUUUUUUUUUUACCUGGAGGAGUGAUUGUAUCUCUUUUGUGAGGGACAGAUGUGUUUGAUUUCGUUUUGCCUCUCUGUUUUGUGUUCUCAACCUGUUGGUUGGAGAGUGUUGUCAGCAGCAGAAUGUAUUCAGUCGGUCUUUUUUCUGUUUUCUCUUAUUUGUCUUGAGUUUAUUCAGCUCUAUAGGACAGUAAUUGUGUCAUUGUUAUUGCAUUUUAUUAAUGCAAUCAGCAAUUGUGUUCACAAAUAAUCUUUUGUGCAUAUUCAGUAGUAGAUUUUGUAUUUUUGCAUCAAUAUGGAUGGGAACGGCUGUCAGUUGUGCCAUAUCCAAAUGCUGAGUGUAUCUGGUCAUUACAGGUGUUUUUCACUCAAGAGUUGCUUUCUGCUUGUUGAGGUCUAUACUGGAGCAGUAUCAGUUAAAUCAGGCCAGUGCUGGCUCAGGUUGUAAUGGUUAAAAAUUUUGGUUCAACAACUUUAAGGUCUAUUCAGAUACUCAUUCGUGCGUGGAUUUUAGUGAAAAUUGUUGAUCAAAGGCCCAUAAAAUGUAAAUUUUCAGUUUCUAAGCACACUCAAUCUUUGACUUCAGGCAACCCACCUUCUUCUAUUGCAAAAUAUCUCAUCAAGGGAGACAGUUUUGUUUUUUUCAUCAAAAGCAAGACAGAUGAACAGGUACCUGAUUCCACCAUGUUGUGACACAAAUUUUAACGAAUGAUAGUCCAUUGCUUCAGGUGAGAGAUUGGGCUUUUGCCUUUUCAGGCCGUAUGACUUUCUCAGAGGAGAAUGGGGUCAGGUAAUGACAUUUAGUUAUGUUUUGAUUCUGUUCAAAGAGGUAAAAAUCCUUUCUCAGUUUUUAAAUAUAUGGUGAUCUGUUGAAAUUAUUCAACAUGUUGCUUGAAGUUUUGAGAUAUGAAUGGUUUGUUCCUGACUGAAGAUCCUUUGUUUUGUCAUCCAGCUUGCUUAGAUGAUUAUAUUAUACUAUGAAAACAAAUUGAUGAUAGUUUGUCCAAUAUGGCUGACCUGGUUUGGAACUUUCCAGUUGAAUUAAUGCCUGAAGUUUUACUUUUCUUACUUAAAGAUAAGUUGUUAUUUCUAAUGUUAAAAGUCAUGGUAUUAAUAGCGAUUGUCACUCUGAAUGGGAAAGAUUUUGGGCAGGACUUGUCUCUGUGCAUAGCCUUAUUAAUAUCUUUUUAAAGCGGAUAUUAGCAACUAUGUCCUGUUUCUCUUUUGUUUUAGUUUUUGUUGUUGUUUUUUUCUCUGUGACAAGCAUGAUGGUUGAUUGAAUGAUAAAGAAAGCGUUAAAUGUGGUCAUCAGUUUUAUGUCAUGUACUUUUGUCAUUGUAAUUACCCUUCUGUUGCGACAGGUCUGAGGAUAUUUGCAUUUGUAAGGCCCAUUUUAUUUGUUGUGAAAAUGCUCACUGUACAUACCAUCUCAGUUUAUGAAAUUGGAAUAGCAGCCUCUAGUAUUGAGUCUCAAAAACAGUGCUGCCUGCAUCACUGCCAGAAAGUAGUCACCCUGUUUGCAUAAGCUUUCAGACUUCUGUUUGGAAUCCGAUUGAAUUGAGAUGAGAGCGGACAUGGGAGAGAGGGUAGCUGCUGGCAGGAUCCAAAUUAAAAGUUGUGGCAAUGUGUACUUCGAUACAUAAGUUUAACUUGUAUAUUUGUAACAUGGAGAAUAAUACAUAACCUUUGUAUAAUUAAUAUAUUUGGGUUUAUUAAAUGUUUUUAUUAUUAUUAUUUGUAUUACACAUUCCCAUUCCUUUCAAGGGCAAUUGAAAAAUCAGGUCUCUCUCCCACUCUUAUUGUCUUUUGCUUCUUUCAUCUUAUGUUUUUUUAAAUUAAAUUUUUCCUCGUAUGUUUCUAACUUUUCCUCAGUCUUCCUUUGUAUCCACCUGUCUGUCUCUCUCUGUCCUGCCACUUGUUCAUGCUUAAUGUUUUAUAUUUUUUAAUGAUUAAUUUCUAAUAUUUUUUUUUUUAAGUCAAUAAAAAUAUUACAUUUGCAUUGCUACUUUGAUUGAAAUGCUUUUCAUGUUCUUUGAUCUGUGGCUUAUAUUUGUUUCUUUUGUUACAAAUACUGACUCACCAGGGGUUUUGAAUAUUGCUGUCCAUAUUCAUACACAAAUGUAUCUUUCCAAUAAAUAUACGAAGGGAAUACUAAAAGUUUUUACCUGACCAUGAAGGAAUAAAAGUAGAAAAC